AUGGCUUGGAUGUCAACCACUCUAGUCCUGAUUGCACUUGCUCUCUUCCUCCGAGCAUGGCUGUCAAAAAGAGAGAUCAAGGGUAACAAGUUACCUCCUGGUCCAAGAGGGUUGCCUAUAUUUGGCAGCUUACAUUUAUUAGGGAAGUUUCCUCACCAUGAUUUCCAUCAACUAGCAAAGAAAUAUGGCCCUAUCAUGUAUAUGAGGCCACCUAAUGAGGCUGCAAAGCAUAUCUCUUACGAGCAGAAGAACUUAUCAUUUGCUCCAUAUGGCUCUUAUUGGCGCAACGUGCGUAAGAUGUGUACCCUUGAGUUGCUUAGUAACCAUAAAAUAAAUUCUUUCAUGUCCAUGAGGAAAGAAGAGCUUGACCUUUUGAUUGACUACAUUAAAGAGGCUUCUCGUGAACAUGUUGCUGUUGAUCUUAGUGCCAAGGUCUCGUCUCUCAGCGCUGACAUCAGUUGUAGGAUGGUUUUUGGAAAGAAAUACACGGACAAGGAAUUUGAUGAGAAGGGGUUCAAAGCAGUGAUUCAUGAGGGCAUGCGUUUAACGGCAAGUUUUAACUUGGGUGAUUACAUCCCUCCAAUUGCAGCACUUGACCUUCAGGGUCUUACAAAGCGCAUGAAGGCCUUAGGCAAGGUGUUCGAUAACUUCUUUGAAAAGAUUAUUGAUGAGCACAUUCAAUUUAAGGAUGAAAACAGAACCAAAGACUUUGUUGAUGUCAUGUUGGACUUCUUGGGAUCUGAAGAAACUGAGUAUCGUAUUGGUCGAGACAACAUCAAAGCCAUAAUUUUGGACAUGCUUGUAGCCUCAAUGGACACUUCAGCAACAGCAAUUGCGUGGACGCUCUCCGAACUCAUCAAGCAUCCUAGAGUAAUGACGAAAGUCCAGAAAGAGCUAGAAGAAAAAAUAGGCAUGGAUAGAAGGGUGGAAGAAUCAGACUUGGAGGGCUUGGAGUACUUAAACAUGGUUAUAAAGGAAACUUUCAGGCUCCAUCCAGUGGCACCACUACUUGUCCCUCACGAGUCAAUGGAAGAUUGCACUAUAAAUGGCUUCCUCAUCCCACAAAAAACACGAAUUAUUGUAAACGUAUGGGCUAUUGGACGCGACCAAAGCGUCUGGUCUGAUGCAAAUAAGUUCAUUCCAGAGAGGUUUGCUGGGAGUAACGUGGAUGUUCGCGGACGCGAUUUCCAGCUUCUCCCUUUGGGUCCGGGCGCAGGGGCUGCCCGGGAAUGCAUUUGGGAUUAA